CUAAAUUUUUGACGUUCUGUAAAAUGACGUGUUGUUUUGACAGUUGACAUGUUUUGAACAAAAUAUUUAUUGGAACGAUGCAGUGAUAACCGUACAGUUUAGUUUAAGAUAUUAUUAAUUAUCCUCUAAUUUUAUUAUUUAUUGAAAAUGGCUUCGACCAAUGAAAGUGAUAUUGAAGUGCUGAAAAAUGAAAUCGAACGACUUUCGAGGGAACUCGAUCAGGCAAGCAGCGAAAAAGUACAAUCUGCUCAGUACGGCCUUGUGCUUCUCGAAGAAAAGACGGAUUUGCAAAGAAGAUGUGAAGAUCUAGAAGUGGCUUAUGAAAAUACAAAGCACGAACUUAAGGUUACACAGGAAGCUUUAGCCAAGUUCCAGUCUAGUCACAAAGUAACAACAAAGACAGGUAUUGAAACGGAAGAAUCCUUAUUAUCUGAAUCAGCCGCUCGAGAAACAUCAUUAAACUCCCAAAUAAUCGAAUUAGAAAACGAAAUAAAACAACUUCGCCAUGAGCUGGACAGAGUUACUACAGAAAGAGAUCGCAUGCUACAGGAGAACACCGAUAUGGGAAAAGAUAAAGAAGACAAAAGCAUGGAGUGCAAGAAAUUGCGAACCGAACUUCGUGAAAUAAAAUUUAGAGAAAACCGAUUAAUAAACGAUUAUGCCGAAUUAGAAGAAGAAAAUAUAGCAUUACAAAAGCAAGUGUCGGCGUUAAAAAGUUCGCAAGUCGAAUUUGAAAGUCUUAAGCAUGAAAUUCGAAGGUUACAUGAAGAAAUGGAGCUGCUGAAUCUUCAAGUUGAAGAACUUACAAAUUUAAAGAAAAUAGCGGAAAAACAUAUGGAGGAGGCUUUAGAAUCUCUGCAGACCGAACGAGAGGCGAAAUAUGCUUUAAAGAAAGAACUGGACCAGCAUAUUAAUCGAGAAUCGUUCUACAACAUUAACAACUUGGCAUACAGUAUUAGAGGGAUGGGUGACGAGCCGGCGCUGGGCAGCGACGGUGAAGACGAUAUUCCAGGACUCAGAAGAAUCGAAGCCAGUUUAGGUGGCAGUAGCGCGUCAGAUUUGGCAUCACCUGAUGAUAAACAAGUCGAUCUGUUCUCUGAAGUUCACUUGAAUGAACUGAGGAAGCUAGAGAAACAACUUGAACAACUGGAAAAAGAAAAAUUAACUUUGACUCAAAACUUGAGGGAUAAUCAAGCCAUGGUUGAGAAGAGUCAAGGCGAAUUACAAGUUUUUAUUGCAAGACUGACGCAGCUGGCGGCUCAUGUUGAUUCUUUACAACACAUUUCCCAAAAUGUUGAUAAGAAUGUAUCCAAACCGGCACAAGAGGCUGGAAAAAUUUUAAAUCAGUACCAACAGUGGUUUAAAAUGUCUUGUAAAGAAAUAGAGCAGCUGAAACAAGAUAUAAGGGAGUUGGAAAAAUUGACGAAUGUGUCAGAUGCGACGUUACAAUUGAGGAACGAGAUCACGAAUUUGAAAAAUAAGCUGUCUGAUACUGAGCAGAAGAGUAUGGAUUUAGAAGGUGAUUUGAAACUGUUGCGGGAAUUUGCCAGUGAAGCUGGAACGUCAUUGGAUGAAACUCAAAAUAAUUUACAAACUGUUACGGAAGAACUGGCGCAGUUGUACCAUCAUGUGUGUACUGUUAAUGGGGAGACACCAACACGGGUGGUUCUGGACCAUGAAAAAGAAGGGAUGACCCCAAUGACGGAAACAGCACCACCUAUUGGAGAAAUAUCAAAGAUCGAACUCUUGCGAAGCCGGCUUAAGAGUGAUAUUCCUCUACACGACCUCGAAAUUUUGAAUGAUACAUCAGCUUUCGCUCGAAAUGUAUGCACCAUUGUGGACCAAAUAAAACAUCUCAGAAACGCCAUCGAAAAUACAAUAGAAUUAUCUAAAAUAAAAAGAGAAAAAUCGAACGGGUUGUACGAAUCUAUUAAAGAUGAGAACACCGAAGAAAUUGCCGAAUUACAAGAACAAGUGAUAAGAUUGAAGAGUUUGCUCUCGACUAAACGGGAACAAAUCGCCACGUUAAGAACCGUCCUCAAGUCUAACAAAAAUACUGCCGAAGUGGCACUCACGAAUCUGAAGGCCAAAUAUGAAAACGAGAAGACUAUCGUAUCUGAAACGAUGAUGAAGCUCAGAAAUGAGCUAAGAUUGCUUAAAGAAGAUGCCGCAACGUUCUCGAGUUUGCGUGCGAUGUUCGCAGCUCGUUGCGAAGAGUACGUCACUCAAGUUGACGAGUUACAGCAACAACUAAGUGCCGCAGAAGAAGAGAAGAAGACUUUAAAUCAACUUUUGAGAUUAGCUGUGCAACAAAAAUUGGGUUUGACGCAAAGAUUGGAAGAAUUGGAAGUGGAUAGAGAAAUAAGGAACGCACGUAAGCCUAACAAUCGCAGUUUUCAACGUCCGGGGCGAUCAAACAGGGACAUGUUCUAGCGCAGGUCAAAACCUGUGGUUUACGCGAUUGCAUUUAUCACCACAUUCUUCAAACUUUAGAGUUUUCAUCAACUAUGUAUUUUUUAAUUGGCGUUAACGUAACAGAAGUGUCGUGGACAGUUCUGGAGAAAGUAUUUUGAUUGUAACGAAAUGUGAGGUAAAUAGUGCAUUUAUUUAUUGGAGUAAUAUUUUAUUUCUAAAUUAUAUAUUAGACGUUUUGUAGUUUUUAUUAGUGUUAUGUCGUCAAUUAACAGACUUUUCCAUUUUCUUAAUUUUCGUAAAAUUGGCAGGUACUAAUUUCUGUGUUGGUAGGAGUGGCCGGUGCCAAUUCGUCGUAACUUCAAUACUAGUUGUUUUACGUUGCAAACUAUAGCAUUUAAAAAAUACUUGACCCUUAGUGAAAUUUUCAAGCUAGAGUAGCCUAUAAUUGAAUUUAAUUAUCAAAUAUAUAUUUAUUGGUAGAUGUGGCCCAUAUUUCGUGUGAUGUAUAGAUUUUAAACAGUUUUAGUUGUGUUUAUUUAGUCUACUGAAAUUAGCCCUUGAGGGGAUUUUGCAAUAUACAUUAGUUAGUGAUUAUUUGGUGGUGUAAACUAAACUAAUCUAGUAAAUUAAUAUUGUGAAAUAAUUGUCAGUGAAAACUGGUUGAAAGUUUUCACCCAAAAUUGGCGUUAAUACCACUAAAGGGCAACGUAAUAAUAAAAAACUGUGGUCUGAAGUGUAAUUGAAGAAAGUCUAACCAAGAAGUAAGUAAACAUAUUUAUUUUCUAACUGUGGUACUAAAGUGUAAUUGUUACGGUUUGAAAAAUAGUUAAAAAUAACUUGUUAAGACGUAGGUUAAGAAUAAUAUUAUAAACUAAUGGCGAAUUGCUGUAAUUUUAAUAGUGACUAUAAUAUCACAAUUCGUCUUUUCCGUUGGUUCUAAGUCCAUAAUCAUAAAGAUGAUGACGUUUGUUGAUUAUUUGUCCUGUUUCCGAGCCUAUGGACCACGGAAAUGCCCGUCCCUUACAAUAAUAUAAAAAUCCUUAAUGUUUGAAAAAAAAAUGUGCAUGCUCUAACACGUAUUUUUGUUAUGAUGGUACCAAUUACGAUUCAAUUUUUUUGUUCGUCAGACAGCUAACCUGUUACUUUUUUUAUAUUUAUUGUUAUAAAUUAUUUUAACUUUGCUUAUAUGUGGUUAAUGUUACUUAAUUGUACCUAAUAUUUUUAAUAUAAUUAUUACUUUAACUAA